AUGAUGAUGGAGAAGAGCAAAUCUUUUUCAGGUUACUCGGCGAUGAGGAGGGCGGAAUUCGAGGACAAUUCGAAAUCCUACAGCUUCAACGGCCCAAUGAAUCCUGGUUCAGGUGAGAAGGCUGGUGAUUUUGUGAGUGAGAAUCCAGAGCUGAAGAGGAGGAAGAGGGUGGCUCAGUACAACAUCUACUCCAAGGAAGGUAAGCUCAAAUCUUCUCUCAGAAACAGCUUCAAGUGGAUCAAGAGCAAGUUUGUUGAUGACUACUUCCAGGAUUGA